CCGUCCCCUCCUGGCCUCCGGGCGGUCCCCACCCGAGGCCAGCGACAGCCCGGGUCCGAGGCAGGCUCCAUAUCCUGAGCGCUGGGAUCCCCCAGGACACUGCCAGGCCCCCCAGGCCCUACCCCGGCUCCUGCGAGUUUCUCAGACCACAGGGUGCCUGAUACUCGGUGGCCCGUCACCUGCCCCAGUGCCUGGCCUCGCAAUGCUGCCCCCUCUGUGCUCCCUCCUUCUGGCCCUGGGCCUGGGGCUGGCUGGAGCCCUCAACCCCAACGACCCCAACACCUGCAGCUUCUGGGAAAGCUUCACCACCACCACCAAGGAGUCCCACUCCCGCCCCUUCAGCCUGCUCCCCUCGGAGCCCUGCGACCGGCCCUGGGAGAGCCCCCACAGCUGCCCCCAGCCCACGGUCGUCUACAGGCCGGUGUACCGCCAGGUGGUGAGGACAGAGCACCGCAAGCGCCUGCGGUGCUGUGUGGGCUUCUACGAGAGCCGGGGCACCUGUGUCCCGCUCUGCGUCCAGGAGUGCGUCCACGGCCACUGUGUGGCUCCCGAUCGGUGCCAGUGUGCGCAGGGCUGGCGGGGCGGCGACUGCUCCAGUGCAUGUGCCCCAGGCAUGUGGGGGCCUCAGUGUGACAAGCCCUGCCACUGCGGGAACAGCAGCUCCUGUGACCCCAAGAGUGGAGCCUGCUUCUGCCCCUCCGGCCUGCAGCCCCCACGCUGCCUCCAGCCCUGCCCCUCCGGCCAGUACGGUCCUGCCUGUCAGUUACCCUGCCAGUGCCACGGAGCGCCCUGUGACCCCCGGACCGGAGCCUGCUUCUGCCCCCCAGGGAGAAUGGGGCCCAGCUGUGAGAUGUCCUGUCUCCCGGGCACCGUUGGCUUCUGCUCCAGCACCUAUCCCUGCCACAAUGGGGGUGUCUACCAGGCCUCCCAGGACUCCUGCAGCUGCCCACCUGGUUGGAUGGGCACCAUCUGCUCCCUGCCCUGCCCAGAGGGCUUCCACGGACCUAACUGCUCCCAAGAGUGCCACUGUCACAAUGGUGGCCUGUGUGACCGAUUCACUGGCCAGUGUCGCUGUGCUCCGGGCUACACGGGGGAUCGGUGCCGUGAGGAGUGCCCCGUGGGCCGCUUCGGCCAGGACUGUGCCGAGACGUGCGACUGCGCCCAGGGCGCGCGCUGCUUCCCGGCCAACGGCGCGUGUCUGUGCGAACACGGCUUCACCGGCGACCGCUGCACCGAGCGCCUCUGCCCCGACGGCCUCUACGGCCUCAGCUGCCAGGAGCCCUGCACCUGCGACCCGGAACACAGCCUCAGGAGAUGCGAGCUGGCCCUCUGGACCUACCUCCGGCCCCCCAGGAACACAAAACAGGUCUAA